AUGAAUUCCAUCAAAGCUGUUGAAAAAAAGAAAAAACAAGUCUUCAAACCAUUAUUAGACAAUCCUUUCACUCAAGCACAAUUCCCAAGAAUAGAACCAUCAAUACAAUCACAAAUAUUAGAUUUCUUAAUACAUAUAUUAGAAGAUAUAGGUAAAUAUGAAUCAUUGAAAUCAACAUCAUCAAAAUCAAAUAAUAAAUUCACACUUGAAAAACCAGAAAUUUUAGAUCAUAUAACACUUGGUUUUAAUAGUACAGUACAAAAAUUAGAAUCUCAAGCACAGGGCAAACCCCAAAAACAAAUCAUAUCAUAUGUAUUAGUUUGUAAAGCUGAUAUUCAACCUUCUUUGAUAACAUCUCAAUUCCCAGUGCUAAGUUAUACAGCAUCUUCAGAACAUAAUAAAGUUAAAUUAGUUCAACUACCCAAAGGUAGUAUUGAAAAAAUUGAAAAAGUAUUGGGUAAAAAAAAUGGUAUUAUUGGAUUAUCAAAGACUGAAUUCUUACCAAAUGCAUUCAUAAAAUUAUUAGAUGAUGUACCAAAUGUUGAAGUUCCAUGGUUGGAAAAUAUUAGAUUUGUUAAACCAAAUAUUAAAUUAUUAGAAACUACAGCUACAAUAGCUCCAAAGAAGGAUAAAAAUAAGAAUAAUAAAGUUGGUAAAAAAUAA